AUGAAAGCAACUAGGUUAAAUUUACUGCUGCUAAUUAGCAGCUGCCUAACCGUGUUCACAAAUGCUUUGAAAGUAACGAGUAAAACAGUUGUCAACAAAGGGGACACCUUGUAUACAGACGCAGUAACAAUCGAUGAAAAUGCAUAUCUUGCAAUAAUCACCGGCUACACACACAACUUCUACUCUGAUUUAACUGUCAAUGGUGCCCUUUAUAUUGGCGACUAUAAUAAACGGCAUUCCGGUAUUACAGUGGAUGUUAUUGGGACGAAAAACGUUGUAACAAACAAUGGUAUAAUAGUGGUUGAUAAUAGAAAUGCAACAUCCGCCCCAACUUAUGACUGGAGCGGGGCAGCUUUCUACAACUAUGGUAAUCUGUUUUUCAACGGCAGAGGAGAUACUGGCGGCUCAACAUAUUGGAUUAAUCCAUAUUCGACAUUUGUUAAUGAAGGAAUUAUAAUGUAUUCACAAACAGUUUCAAGAAGUGGAGGUUCGAUGCAUCUGGGAAGGGACGAUUCCACCAUUACCAAUGACGGCACUAUCUGCUUGAUUAAUGCUCUCUAUUUCCAAGGAAGUACUAUAACUGGAAAUAAUGGUUGUAUCAAUAUUGGACAAAACAGUAAUAUGUGGGUAACAAAUACCAAUACAAGAAAGCUCUCUGGCCAAACCAUAUACAUGUCGUCCACCUCUUCGAGCCUCAGAAUCGAUGCAUAUCCACCUGGUUUUACUUUUAAAAUUAGAGGUUUUCAAAAUGGUAAUGUGAUAGGUUCCAGUACUGCAAUAUCAAGUUUCAGCUACGAUGAAACCAGCGGUAUUUUAACAAUGAGUGUUGGAUCAUACAGGUAUUCUUUAGAUAUUGGAACCGGUUAUGACAGUUCUAAAUUUUAUACUGCUAAUGCGAAUUAUGGCUAUGGGGUAGGCACAGUAUUUUCUGGUGGUCUAUAUUAUAACGGAGCGGUAUCCGAUGAAAUGCCUAAUGAAUGCAAAGCGUGCCCUGAAAUUCCAUGGUUUACAUAUGGCAAUUCUAUUUCAUCUAGCAGUGUGUUCACCAUUCCACCUCCUUACACCACGACCGAGACCACUGAUGGUAGCACUUUCACCGAGAUCUUUUCGUACAGCUCGACCAACAGUGAUGGAAAGCCCGCUACUGCUACUACCGUCUACACUUUGAGCACAUCCACUAGUGGAUCGACUACCUCGAGCACCAGCGUGUUCACCAUUCCACCUCCUUACACCACGACCGAGACCACUGAUGGUAGCACCUUCACCGAGAUCUUCUCCUACAGCUCUACCAACAGUGAUGGAAAGCCCGCUACUGCUACUACCAUCUACACUUUGAGUACAUCCACUGAGUCAUAUUUUUGUUCUUCUCGAGUUUCGUCUUCUGCAUUCUUCAGGAAUACGACCACAGAAGAAUCUGCUUCAACUUCGACCGAACCCACCACUGUAUUCUUGACCACAACUUCUUCAAGUAACUACCCUGCAGCCUCUAAUACCUUGGAAUCCUCGGUGACUAAUGCAUCAAGGGAUAUGCCAUAUCGGACGGAAACCACAAUCAUGUCAAUCAAUACUAAGGAUGGAUAUUCGACUGUUAGCAGUGUAGCCACGCCAUCGAGCUCCAGAAGACCACUUGCAACAUCUAACAUACCCACUGGAAACGUUGGAGGGUCGACUGAAUCUCGAGUUGAAGAGCAUAUGAGUAACACCUUGACUUCUUAUUCUUCCCAAGUUGUUUCCUCCUCGACAACAAGUGCUAAUGAUAAUGAAGCCUCCGCAAUUCAAAUAACAUCUUUAAAGAUCAGCACAUCGAACAAUGUACCCUCAAUUAGCGGCUUUUACACAACAACUGAUUCAACCUUAAAUGGUGGCACAUUGGUCUCUCGAUUCACAGCUUCUCAAGAAACCAGUUCUUUAAGCGUUCUAACUGGUUCAACACAUUCACUGGUUUCUAUUCCCACGUAUGAAGGCGUGGCUGACCGUGUGAAUGUUGGCUUACUUCUGAUAUUUCCCCUGGUACUUCUAUAA